GUAGCUCCAAUUCGACCCCUAUUCUGGGAACCUCCAUAUGCCAUGGGUGAGGCCCUAAAAAAAAGCAAAAAGACAAAACAAAACAAAAAACAGAUUGCCAGCAUUGAAAAAUUCCAAGUUUUAACAUAAGCUCUCUGGUUUUUUUGACUUUCUUGACUCUCAGAAACUCUGGGGACAUGUACCUCGUUCCUCCCUUCCUGAAGCUGCACGUGAAUGGUAAACUUUCCGGGCCCCCCAUUCCUCACUGUUUUCUCUGGCCCGAUGAGUCCCUCACCUCAUUCUUUCUUGACCCCUAUAGGCAUCAGAAUUUGUGUUCCCUGGUUUAAAUAGUCACCCGGGGAAGAGAAGUCACCUGAGCCAGGUACCCUCUUGGGAGCUCUUCUGUAUUGUGACUUUAAUUAAGGUAUUCCUAAAUCACUAAGAUUGAUCUUUUAUAGAGUAAGAGCCCCAAACCUUAGAUAUUACAACUUAGGAUGUGAUGAGUGCAGGAAGUCCCCAUGAUGUGUGCCAGAAGUGCUCAUUCAAAAGCAGUGGACACUCUACCCCUUGGCACUCAACUCCUCCCCAUCUGGCUUGCAAGGCAGUUUUGGGUGUUACCAGCAGUAUCGCUCUUCUUUAGAAUCUUCUUCCUUAUCACAGUUGCAUGGCGAACUCUAGCUCAGAUGCUGGCUAGUGUUUCAGAAUAUUAAUUUUCAAAUUGCCUCACCUGUCCUUAGGGGAAAAGACUUCGGAUGAGGCUCGGUGGCAAGACGUUGCCAUCCUUCUGGCUUGGUUUGUAUGUCUUCUGUGACAUGCUCUGAAGGUAGGAAGGCCAACCUUGUCCUCUUUCUGGGGGCACGUUAUGGCAUAUUUGCUGCCUAAAGCUGGGGGUGGCAAGGACAUGGAGGUCCUGAGGAACCAGAGCCCCAUGUCUGCUGUAACCCUGGAGAAGGACCUGUGAGAAGGACCUCAGGGAGCAUCGCUCUGGUGAGGGACCUUCAGGAAGAAAGGCAGGAGACAGCCCCUUAGGAGGUGUAUGUGUAUUUGCAGUAAGGGGCAGGGGUGUUUCCAGCUUCACCAUUGUAUCCUUUAAUCCCAGCACCCUGCCCCUUAUUGUGAAAUGGACAGCUUGGACUGACUGUAGAAAAUGGUCUUGGAGUCUCCCAUCUUGCACAAGGAUUCCACCUGAAGGGUGUUGGGACUUUAUAUUUAGAGACAAAUGAAUUACUCCAACCAAUGACAGUUACUUCUCCCAGUGGAGGGUAUUGUUAAGGCUAUUUCUCUCAUCUGCCCUAUGGUUUCCCAAGCUCUUCAGCCCUGGAUUUGGAGACUUUCCUCUAGAUGCUUAUCAUGUUGCCUUCUCUCCCUUUCUCUCCCAAACCUGUUCAUCUUGUUAUUGCUUCACUUAUUCCUUCCCCACAAGCUCUUGAUUCUUGAUUCUGCUGGAUUUCAUGGUAAGAGGGGAGGGACAGGCGACCAUGCCACAGGCUGACCUCAGGGUGUGUUCUGUGGAAAAGCCAGCGGGAACUUUAACCUGCUGCCUCCUCAUGGCCUUUCUCCCAUAGGAGUGCCUGAGCCCCAGCUUUGAGUUCUGUUAGAGGAGGCUUCUAGAAUACGCAUCUUGGAAGAGGGUGGGAAAGUUGGAGCAGGGAGAAAAGCCCAGCUCAUCAUAUUCCAUUGUGCAUUUUCAAGGGCCAAGAAAUAGCACCCCCCCCGGCCACACACACACACACACACACACACACACACUCUCUCUCUCUGCAGCCCUUGGACACGUUUAAGCUUCCCUUUGGAGUAAGAAGAGAGCCGAGUCGUCAUACACUGUGAUCAUCACACCUCCCUGCUACAUUAUCAGUGAUGCAAGUACCAUAGACUUUUCUUUGCAGCAGGUGGAGAUUGUUGGUCAGUAAACAGCAGUGAAACAGGUAGGCCUGGUCUUCGUUUUCCUCCGACUCCCACUUGCUGACACCUGGACCACGAGAAGCUACGGGAUGUAGCGUUGUCACCAGGAACCUGAAUUUCUGGGUCCCUUCUGCAGUGAGGACUGGCUGGUGAGGGGCACUUGGCCACAUCACUGAACCUGGGUCCAGGGCUCUGUUUGCUCAUGUACCCUUUCUUUGUAGCCUUCCCCUUUUCUUGUCAUUCUCUCUUUGAUCGCCUCUUCUUAUGCAUACCCUGUCUCCACCUCCCUGCUUAUCCGUGCUUCCUUACUCAUCCAGAAAGAUGAAUUACAUUUUGUUAACCUUUUAGAAGCUUAAGGUUGACCAUGGGCUUUUUUUUUUUUUUUUAAAGUAUAGCUGAUGUGCAUGGUUGUGCCAAUUUCUGUUGUACAGCCAAGUGACUCAGUUGUAUAUAUAUAUACAUUCUUUUUCUCAUAGUAUCUUCCAUCGUGAUCUAUCCCAGGAGGGCUUUUUUGAACCAACUCUGUUAGGAGCAGUUGAGUGGAAGUCGCGUGUUGGCUGCUGAGACUGGCUUUCUCCAGCCACCCUUGAAAGGGGAUGUUGGCUUAUCUGCUUCAUUUGGCCGGUGAAAACCUGACCUCCUGAGUUCCCUAAAGGUACACUGCCACCUAAAAAAGCUCUGUGCAAGGUUCCAGCAGUUAAGCGCCGUCAGUGGGACAAUCAGGCUGCAGCAGAUGCUGGUCUGUUCCUUUAUUCCUCUGGGCAGCACAGAAGCCAUUGAGUCCUGGCACAUGUGCAGCUGUGUGCUUCAGGAGGUGAGGUCUGCAGGAACAAGGAGAACCUUUAAGAGCUGCCUGGCACUGUGACAUGUCUGAGGCCUUGCUCCAGUCCCUGCAGCAUGAACAAGGGUGUGAACGGCAUGUCUGUGGAUGAGAAGCCUGACUCCCCCAUGUAUGUGUAUGAGUCCACAGUCCACUGCACCAACAUCCUCCUGGGCCUCAAUGACCAGCGCAAAAAGGAUAUUCUCUGUGACGUGACUCUGAUCGUGGAGAGGAAGGAGUUUCGGGCCCACCGGGCUGUGCUGGCCGCGUGCAGUGAAUACUUCUGGCAGGCGCUGGUUGGACAGACGAAACAUGACUUGGUGGUCAGCUUGCCUGAGGAGGUCACGGCCAGGGGCUUUGGGCCGCUGUUGCAGUUUGCCUACACCGCCAAGCUGUUACUCAGCAGAGAAAACAUCCGUGAGGUCCUCCGCUGCGCCGAGCUCCUGCGCAUGCACAACCUGGAGGACUCCUGCUUCAGCUUCCUGCAGACACAGCUCCUGAACAGCGAGGAUGGGCUAUUUGUGUGCCGGAAGGACGCCGCGUGCCAGCGCGCGCACGAGGACCGGGAGAACAGCGCCGGAGAGGAGGAGGAGGAAGAGGAGGAGACGAUGGAUUCUGAGACGGCCAAGAUGGCUUGCCCCCGGGACCAGAUGCUUCCAGACCCCAUCAGCUUUGAGGCCACUGCCAUCCCAGUAGCAGAGAAGGAAGAAGUUUUGCUGCCCGAGUCCGACGUGCCCACGGACACCAAGGAGAGCUCGGCAAAGGACUCGUUAACGCAGUACCCCAGAUACAAGAAAUACCAGCUUGCAUGUACCAAGAAUGUCUAUAACGCAUCAUCACACAGUACCUCAGGUUUUGCAAGCACAUUCGGUGAAGAUAACUCCGGCAACAGCCUCAAGCCGGGGCUUGCCAUGGGGCAGAUUAAAAGCGAGCCGCCCAGCGAGGAGAACGAAGAGGAGAGCAUCACGCUCUGCCUGUCCGGAGAUGAGCCUGACAUCAAAGACAGGGCGGGGGACGUGGAAAUGGACCGGAAACAGCCCAGUCCCGCCCCUGCUCCCGCGCCCGCCCCCGCCCCCGCUGCGGGGGCCGCCUGCCUGGAAAGGUCCAGGGGCGCGUCCUCCCCUUCCUGCUUAAGGUCUCUGUUCAUAGCAAAAAGUGUGGAGUUGUCUGGCCCGCCGGGUACCUCUCAGCAGCACUUUGCCAGGAGUUCAGCGUGCCCUUUUGACAAGGGGAUCACUCAGGGUGACCUUAAAACUGACUACGCCCCUUUCACGGGCAAUUACGGACAGCCCCACAUGGGCCAGAAGGACGCGUCCAGCUUCGCAAUGGGGUCGCCCCUCAAGGGGCCUGGGUUGGAGGCUCUCUGUAAACAGGAAGGAGAGCUGGACCGGAGAAGUGUGAUCUUCUCUUCCAGCGCCUGUGACCAAGUGAGCACUGCGGUGCACUCGUAUUCUGGGGUGAGCGCUUUGGACAAAGACCUCUCUGAGCCGGUGCCAAAGGGUCUGUGGGUAGGGGCCGGCCAGUCCCUCCCCACCUCUCAGACCUACUCUCACGGUGGGCUGAUGGCUGACCACUUGCCAGGAAGGAUGCGGCCCAACACUAGCUGCCCGGUGCCAAUCAAAGUCUGCCCUCGCUCGCCCCCGCUGGAGACCAGGACCAGGACUUCGAGCUCAUGCUCCUCGUAUUCCUACGCGGAGGACGGCAGCGGGGGCUCGCCCUGCAGCCUCCCUCUCUGUGAGUUCUCCUCCUCACCCUGUUCCCAGGGAGCCAGAUUCCUUGCCACAGAACAUCAGGAACCAGGCCUGAUGGGAGAUGGAAUGUACAACCAAGUCCGACCCCAGAUUAAAUGUGAGCAGUCUUACGGCACCAACUCCAGCGACGAAUCCGGAUCGUUCUCGGAAGCAGACAGUGAGUCGUGUCCUGUGCAGGACAGGGGCCAGGAGGUCAAACUUCCGUUUCCUGUAGAUCAAAUCACAGACCUUCCAAGGAACGAUUUCCAGAUGAUGAUUAAGAUGCACAAGCUAACCUCAGAGCAGUUAGAGUUCAUUCACGACGUCCGCAGGCGCAGCAAGAACCGCAUCGCAGCCCAGCGCUGCCGCAAGAGGAAGCUGGACUGUAUUCAGAACUUAGAAUGUGAAAUCCGCAAACUGGUGUGUGAGAAAGAGAAGCUGUUGUCCGAGAGGAAUCAGCUGAAAGCGUGCAUGGGGGAGCUGUUGGACAACUUCUCCUGCCUUUCCCAGGAAGUCUGCCGAGAUAUCCAGAGCCCCGAGCAGAUCCAGGCCCUGCAUCGGUACUGCCCUGUCCUCAGACCCGUGGGUCUCCCCGCAGCCUCCAGUAUUAACCCCACGCCCUUGGGUGUGGAGCAGAACCUUGCCACCCCGCAGUGUGCGGUGGGGGAGAGCGCCCCCUGCUGCUUGGAGCAGGGCACAGCACCCCCCGGACCCCCCUGGGCAGCCGGCAACGUCUCAGAGAACUGUACUGCGCGGAGGCUGGAAGGCACCGACCCAGGAACCUUCUCAGAAAGAGGACCCCCUCUGGAACCCAGGAGCCAAACGGUGACCGUGGACUUCUGCCAGGAAAUGACUGAUAAAUGUACAACGGAUGAACAGCCCAGGAAAGAUUACACCUAGUGACGGCCUGCCUCCCUGUUCUCGCCCCUCUCCCACCCAGGUGUCCUUUGGUCAGCCUGCGGUGCUGUUCGUCUGUCCUCUGGAAGAACCGAGAAGGAAUUUGGUGCACACUACAGCCGUCUUAGCAGCAAUACUGUUUCUAAGUUGUCUCUCCUCCCUUCAAGCAGGAGCGAUGUAUAGUUACCUUCACAAUGGUGCUACCCCUUGCUCAGGCAAGGCUAGACGACAGUGAUAUAACACUGUCUGUGGGUUCAUUUCAGUCUUAACAGGGAUAGACUCUAACACCUCUAGGACCCAACCACGGAUUUUUUUUCUCAGUGGCCCAUGUCACAAACCCUAUCUCAGGAAUUUCUUCUGAAUGUUCAAUUUUUUUCAUUGAAGACAGCUUCUAUACACAUCAAAGUUUUAUAGCUAGACUGUACAUAUUAUAUAUAAUAUAUAUAUAAAAUAUAUAUCUCUCUCCAUAUGCAAAAGUCCUGCAUGCCUCACUUUUCUCAUCCUAAAACUGGAAACUUUGUUUCUCGUUUAUAAACAGGUUCCAACAUUCCUCUUCUUUUGUCUCUGAUGCUAGAACAAGCUUGGUAACUGUUAACCUGGUCGUUUUUCUCUCUUCACCAUUCACUUUCCAUUUGUGCUUAUUUAUGGACAGAACUCAAUGUUGGAAGCUUUCUUUGAGGUUUUCUUUCAGACCUUUUUUUUUAUUAUUAUUAUUUGGUUUGGUUUGGGCACUGUCAGGUGGUGACAGUUGAGUAUCAUGGGUUUGGUUUUUUUCUUGCAGAUACUGUACAGUCAAGGUCAACUUUGCCACUUGCACUGAGUUUUGGGUCAAACCUAUUUUCUUCAAUGAAGUUGUCACUUCAGUAUAACUCAAGUAUACUGUAUAUUCUUUGCUUUUAGUUAAAAAGUAAAACAGUUUAGCUAAUUAAAAAGCACUCAGGUGAUAAUUAUGUAGGAAAAACAAUCUUGCCAAAUAAUGAAUUCAUCCUAGGAUGUAGACAAUAAUCUGCUUGAAUAUUUUUAUAUUUCACCUCCUCCCCACCUUGCCCUAAGCAAAGUUUAAAUGCAGAGAGUUCAAAGUUGAUGCUGGAUGUUCAGAUUCCUAAGUGGGGAAAGAGUUUGGACGUCUCACUCAAAAGCGCAUCAAAACAGCAGGAAUUGUGAUUUUACACCAGAACUCGGCAGGCAUUGGCUCCUAGAUAUCAAGUUAGAACUGUUUUCUCAGCCAGGGAGUAAGUCCCUUUCAUUUCAACACUUCCCCAGGCCUCUGCUUGCUCUUGGAAUUGCAGGACAGUAGAAACUUCUCCUUCAAAGGACUUGGCUGACCAGCCACCCAACUUCAGAGCCCAGGACCUGCCUCCCGGACUCAUGGGAGGGGGUUUGAGUCACAGCCCUGGGGGUCCUGCAUGUUAAGUGGCCAUCCUGGGGUUAAUGCAUCUGGCCCAGAGUAGGAGAGAGCAGGACAGACGCUAGAGGCACUAGACAGAUGUGCAUUAGCCUGAGAUCUGUCCCUGAUGCAGGCAAAAGCAUUUCUUUCUCCCUCCCUUCUCCAAAUGCUUCGAGUUGAAUUCUGAGGUUUUCUCACCGGUUUCUUGUCCGAGGGCAGAUUUCAUUCUGAGGCUUUGGACUUGAUGAGGCCAGGAACCCUCCCUGCCCCCACCCUCACCACGCACACACCUACCCUCACCUGAUAACAAUUUCCUUCCCUUGCUGCAAAACUGAUUGGCUUGCAACCCACAGAGACUCUCCCUUGGCUCAGGGGGCUUGUUGGCCCCGGGCCACGUUUACAGGCAGGCACACGCCCGCCCCUGCAGCCUGCAGAGGAAGGAUCAGCUCCCUCCCUCCUGGAACCCUCCAGCCUGGCUGCGGGUAAGAGUCUGGUUUGAUGUGGGAAUGGGGUGGUGGGCAGUGGGGACUAGAUGGUUGAUUUUGCUUCUUUAUUUGUGCCAUUGUUUUGGACGAUAUUAAAGCUGCAUGUAAAAGGGGAAAUUAGUAUAUGAUGUAGGAGAAAAGUGAAAUCAUAGUAACAUAUGUUUUAGUAUUAACUUUUUUCUGUACAAAUAUUAGUGCUAAAUGUUUAAAUAUGUAUGAAUGCCAGAAAUGUGUUGGUUCAUGCGGUAGGGUAAAAAGAAAAAAAAGAGACUUUUCUUUGAAAAUAGUUCCGCUUUUAAAAUCUGCCUCUGGGUUUUUGUUUUUUCUCGUGUGUAUGUGUGUGUGUGUGUGCACGCGUGUGCUUGUCUGAGAGGUUUUGCUACAGCUCUGUGUUGAAAGUACCAUUUUUGUUGUGGCUGUUGGAAUUUCUUGGCCUCAGAGAACAGUUCUGUUCUUCACCAUGAGGUUUGCCUUUGGGGAAAAUUGGUGAAUCACGUGAUCCAUCACAGGUGUGUGUUCUGGUGGAGUCAGCCAACAGUAUGUUUUUUUAACUCUCGUUGCCUUUUUAAAGUGACCUCCUCUUCUUUUCAAAAAGGAAUGUUUCCUCCUGUCUCAUAAGUAGGUCCAAACCAGCUCGUUGGCAUGAUUUACCCUGGUACCAACUCAUGUGCAACUGGUAGUCUUGACCACAUUCCGUCCCCGUCACCUUUCUGUUGUCCUGCCAGCCGGCUGCCGAGUGGGAAGGGGUCUCUGCUUCUCUCCUCCCUGACUCGGUCCUCCACCCACCAAGCCAACCCCUACCUCUCCUUUCUUCCUCUUCCCCGACCAAACUCCUGCCACUCCUGCCUCCCCACUGGAGAAUCUGUCUUUUGAUUUCUUAGAGAUUUUAACAUUGUUGGGGUUUGGUUCAGUAUCCACCAGGAACAGUGACUGGCUUUGUGCAAUUGUUGGCGUGACAUGUCUGUGUGCUUCCAGGUUGAUUCAAAGGGAGGACUAGCUGGGAACCAGAAUCCAAGUGGCCUCCAGUGGAGUUUUAAAAACCAGCCUAUCUCCUUUCCCUGGGACCCCUUAGUGCAACUCGUGUCUUUUAUGAAAGAGAAAAGCAAGUUAACAGCAAGGGGUGGCAUCUGCACAGUGUGGCGACAUUUAGUUGUAUCUUUAAGGGUCCAUCCUUACAGAUAGAAAGGACUCUUCAGCCACAGAAUGUUCAGGAGGUUUCCCUGUGACAGGUGGGUAGGGUCUCCAAGUGGCUGGGGCAGGUGUGGACUAUUGGAGUAAGGACAGUGGCGGUGGCCCUGUGGCUAGUUAAUAUCAGCCUGAAACUAGACUUCCCCUUGGAUCUGCCUUUCUUCUACUUGUGUCUCCAGACAACCUCGCUUCAUUCAGGUUGGUCAGGCUUGGGCAGGUGUGUGCUUUGCUAUAUGUGUCUGUCUCUCUGCGUUAUCUGGGGGUGCCUUGAAUAAAAGAACUUCGCUUCGCGACAUACUGAUUCUGGAACAAAAGCACUGCAAAAAACAAAAAAAGAGCUGGCAAAGUUACUAGGCCACCUUUUCCUUCUUUUCUGGGUUCCCUAACCAUGACUCAGGCGUCAGAGGUGAUGCUGCAGUAGGAAACGUUAUUUUGUAUAGUGUGCAAGUAAGUUAUUAACUGUCUUUCUAAAGGUAUGCUGCUUUUAAGAUGCACUAUGAUUUUGGAUUUAAUCCUUGUGUUGCUUUCCCAAGGAAGUAAAAUUAAAAAAAAAAAAAAAAAAAGGCUGGUGAUUAUUAUGCCAAUUGCCAUUUCUCCUUGAAAAGGAGGGCAGGGACCAGUGACAGACUUGCAUGAGGGGACUGCUAAAAGCCAAGUAGGCACACUGUAGAGUCCAGUGCUAAUGUCCAGAGGUCUAAGCCUACACUUUCUUUUAAUGCUUUAUCAGUGCCAGUAAAGAAGAAGGAACAAAGGUGUGAAAAUGAUGCACCUUUGAAGAAACCACCAAGUCCUGCCCCUGCAAGCCGAUCCAUGUGCUAUGUUGUUGAAUAAUCCUCUCAAAAUGAGAAAAAGCCGGCAGAUCUCUUUCAAAUUGUUAGCUUCCUAGUUCUCUACACUCUAGCCCAUUUCAACUAGGAGCUGCUUAAUAAAUGACUUCAAACUGCUCCAUUAGUGCUUUUAUAGUUGUUGGAGGAGUUGUUGAUUGAGAAGGGAGCAAGAAUCAAGUUCUCUCCUCAAUUCUCUAUAAACAGGCUAGGAAACCUAAUUUCUUUAUAAAGGCUAAAGCUGAUCCACUGGAUCAAGUUAGUCUUUCUUCCCCCAAAUUGAGGAUUGUUUUGUAGGUUCAGUUUCUGGGGAGCCAGUCCACAGUGCAAUGCCUGUGUGGAGUUGGUAUUUGUGCAGGCAGCCUGUGUGCUUGGAGGCACUCUGUGUUCAAGCUGUGUGUGUUGAAUACUGCCCGAGCCAUCUCCUGACCCAAGCAUCAAAAGACUGAUGCUGUAGAAUAGAAUACAUUUGUACACAAAUAGUGUGUGCAAACAGUCUUUGUACAUAGAAAAGACCUAUUGUGGCAGAUGGAGGAUAAAUUAUUCAACUGACGGUGCAAAAACAUUUCUUGCAAAGAAAAGUUAAGUGUAUAGUAUUUUCCUACACUCCACCCUGGGAGAUAAUAUUUAUAUCAAAUGAAUAUCAGUGCAUUUUCAUUGUACUAUGAAAAAGAUGCCGCCCUCUUGUGAAGAAAACCCACUUGGUUGCAGAGCCCACUUUUGUAGCUUUGAUUUCCUGUCGUGACGUGGUGUGUGCGUUUCACUCUCAAGCGAUGGACAAACAGCUCUGACUUUCCAUUCCAGUGGAUUGACCUCAGAUAACACAGUGGCCUCUUUAGACGCAGAAGUGUACCCAGAGCAUUCAUUUCAGGUGGACUCACCUGCGGUGUCAAAUGCCCCCCUGGGGACAGGAAAGAGUGAAGGGACUUGGACAGAGAGGGUUUCUCCUACAGUUUGAUGCUAAGUCUUCUACCAAAACAUAUUUGGAGGCAGAGGGGGGACCGUCCCAUGAGCCCUACCAAUGCGUUUCGAACGUGUAAAUGCUGGGAGGCCCGUUCACACGCUGAUACAAAAGACCUGCCGCUUCUAGUAAGCAAUCUGGAAAAUCCCACAUGCAAUCAGGAGCUUCGGGCGCUGGUUAGACACAGUGAGCCCUUUUGAGGCAAGCACCACCUUUGCUUGGGAGGCCCAGAGGGGCCCAUGAGAAUUUGUUCCAGAACCAGUCUGAUGCAAGUGCACCUCUAAUUUAUGCCUUACAAACUCCAGAGGCCAUAUUCAAAACAGGGUCUUCUCAGUGUAUGCAAGGGGCUGUAGCCCCUCUCCUAUUCCUCCCCAGGUCGAACAAUACGGACAGUUUUCACACAUAUCUACCUGUAUAACCCUCUGUACCUCUCAUAACUGGUCAACGACUGUAACAGGUUACAUCAGGUGUUUUUCUACAUACUUUUUACACAGAUUCUAUGCGAUUAAUGUAACUUAAUUCAAUGCAUCAUUUUAUUGUACUAGUUCUUAGGCUUGUCUUUUUAUUUUCUAAGUGAUUGUGGUUUUUCUUGUGGUUUUUCUUGUAAAAAUGAAAUGGCUGUUGAUGCUUAUUCUCUGUAACUAAGAAUUUUUACCUUUUUGGGGGAAAAAGUAUUGCUAUGAACUAAUGAAUUGAAAUUUCAUUUACUCAUUGUAAAUACACUAUUGUGCAAAAAAAAAAAAAUUCACUCAAUUGAAUUGCUAGCGUUAACUGAAUUUUGUCUAGACACCAUUUCUUUUGAUGAAAUAAAGACAUAUCAUUACGCGUUGUAAACUGA